AAAUAUGGCCAAAAACUGCAAUUAAAGUGGCACCCAAUAAUAGCAGAAAGAGAGAAAGAGUGAGUGAGUGCUACGGAUUUUGGAUUUAGCUUGCAGUUGCCUGCAAUUUCAAACGCGCCACCGCCACCCCUCACCCACCGAUCUGCGCCUGACAGUGAAAGUGAUUUGAUUUUGCAAUUGGAGUCGCAAUCGCUGCUGCUGCUGCUUCGCUUGUUGUUGUUGUUGUUGUUGUUAUUGCGAGCGACUUUGAACAAUAUUUCUGCUUGUUUGCUGAUCCGAUCAGCCAGCAGCGAAAAGCAAAAAGCAAAAAUAUAAAGGAAAAAUAUAUUGUAUAUAUAGCAUUUUUUGUUUUUAUUAUUACUCUCGCUUUAACCCAACGAAACAAAACACGGCGAAACAAUAAAGAAAAGUGCAAAGAAAACAGCCACAUAAAUUGCAAGCAAUUUGUAAUCGGUAUCCUAAUACAAUUUCUUUCUCUCAUUUCGCACAGUGACGACACUGUGUAACUAUCAAUCACAUCAAAUCAAAAGCAAACCUAAAUUGGAUUAAUUCUCAGCUGAUUUGAAACGAUUGUUUUCAAAGGCAAUUAAGGAAGUAAUUCGUGGCCAGAUUUCCUUCAUGGACGUUGUCGCGAUGCGAUGCAGCAUGCAACCACAUGAAACCGCUUGAAAAGUCGCUGUUAAAGCGUCAACAGCAAUUGCCAUAAUUGCCAUUGGAGCAGCACAGACCAAUAACCGCUGGACCCAACAGCACAUACCCAAACACCAAGACACCAUCCCACCAAUCCAUUCCGAUCCAAUCCGAUCCGAACCCAUCCCGGCACCCGGACCAAUUCAGCGAUCGAAACUGGCAAACGAAACCCGCCACACGAGCUGAGCUAUCGGCGGCAGGCACACAGAUUGCCGCAAAUCCAGCUGAAUUGUAACAUAGACGCCGCGCCGGAAAAUCGGAAAAUCCCAAAAGCUGAUAGGCAGCAAUAGCAAGACCAAGACCAGGCCAAAAACCAGUGGGGAGAUCAAUGAACGCGGCACGCAGCUGACAGCAUUUGGUAUCCACUUUUCAGCAGCCAGCGGAGCGUAAGAAAAGCGAAACGGACCAGCCUGGUUUGGGCGGCAUUCAACGUUCAUCGUUCAAGUUCAGGCGGCGCUAAGCAGGAAGUUGUGUGCGGCAGCACCUUAAUUGGAGCCAAAGCCAGAGCCAGUGUCAUUACCACCGGGCCAGACCAACCAUCCACAAUCCAAUCCACCAUUCACCGCCGCUCAUCCUGCUCGAUGUAAGAUGUUAGUGGCCAGCAACAAUAACAAUACCACCGCCAACACCAGCCAGAGCACACGCAACAUUUCAUGGAGAUGGAGCCGACUGGCGUUGGCCGUUAAUCUGUUUGCCUACUGCUGUUGUGCCUCCUCCGGGGCCACGCCCACCACAGCAGUGACCACGGCAGCCCUGCUAACAGGUCAUCAAUUAUUGCCAUGGCAAACGGCAGCGGCAACGGCAGCCACCACACCCUCCACAGCACGCAAUCUCUAUGCUCCCUACCAGAGCUUCAGUCGGCAGGAUGACAUCAGCUUCAAGGAUGUGCGUCAACGCAGUGAUGGCACAGUCUUCCAGUCCUUCGGUUCCUAUCGCACCGCUCGUCAAUUUGGUAGUUCCCCUGCCUCCACUAUCGCCCAGCGGCGAUCUGACUCUACCGUGGAAAUCGUUCCGGCUCCUUCCGUGGAACUGCCACAGAGCGAGCUCAUCACGGUGCCCAGGCAGCUGGUGCCAACCAUGCCAGAGAAUGUGACGCGUCAGGGUAGAAGACGCAACUAUAUGUACAUCCCACUGCAAACGGAGAGCGAGAAUGGAUCCUCGGGAGCCUUGCUCCAACUUCGUCCCAGUCGCAAUGCUACUCUCUCCGCUCUUGGUCCUCCAGCUGAUGGUGUUGCAGCCGUGGCCCAUGAAUUUGGAGCCGAACUGGCCACCCAGGGCAGUCCGGAACAGCAACCACUAGAGUUGGAACUUGGACCAGAGCGCACGGAACGCAGUGAUCUCAUGGCUGCUGCAAGCUCCACGGAUAAACUGGAGUACGCUGAGCCAGAGAAUACCAGUCGGCGUGUGGGCUUCCAGUUUCCGAGCUAUAGCCUAAAGCCAGCCAGCCCCUUCCACCCACAAGCCUAUCGUGAGGAUAAUCCCAUUUUCGGAGAAACUAGUGCUGGGGGCUAUGAACCUCAGCCUUACAGCGAAGAUGCUGCACCUGCUCCACCACCAACUCAGUAUGAGCAGCAUGAGACGCGGCACACCCGCCAGCUUUACUUCGACUCGGAUACGGCUUCCUCCAGCUUUGAAUUCCCCGGCCUGGUGAGCAACUCCAAGCCACAUGGACUCAAGCUGUAUCGCGAUGAUGUGACCAAAUUCGGGGACAUCAAUGGACCAAUUACUGCCUUGCCCCAGCAGCGACCACAACGUGGCUUCUACUUUGGCGACACCGAGUUCCGAACGGGCCCACCCGCUCCAGUCCGGCAAUUUGGACCGCAGAAGAACUUCCAGGAGUAUGUGGGGCCCAGUGAAUACCAAGGAUCCCGCAAGAGCCGUUACUAUCCCUACAAGUCAUCGCGCAGUCCACGAGUCGUCUUUCCCACCAACGACAAUGUGGGAACAACAGGACCAAGUGGCCCUGCUGGCAGCAGCGGACCAUCCGGAAAUGGAGUUUACUUCAGCGAUAAUAUUGCUUUCAGGGACCAGAACUUUGGCAUUAAUGAACUGGCUGCCGUUCAGGAUGUUCGCAAUGACUACAGUCUGCAGGAACUGGACAACGCCUCGGAGGCGACUAGCAGUCCACAGUCAGCCAGUACAUUCAAGGAGAAAGUCGACAUCACAACGGACACGGAGUGCCAGCACCGUGGCGGUACGUGCGAGUUCUUUUUGGGCUGCUGGCUAUCCGGUGGCCUCAUUCAGGGCACCUGCGAUGGACUGCUGCGCGGCUGUUGCCACCGCACGGCCAAGUCGGCCAAUCUGGGCAGCUCGGACUUCGUCGGCAAUGCCGUAGAUCUCACCGAUCUGCCGCAAAAGAACUAUGGACCCGUUAACAAUGAACCCAGCUGCGGCAUUUCGCUGGCCAAGCAGACCGCACAGCGGCGCAUUGUUGGUGGCGAUGAUGCUGGUUUCGGUUCCUUUCCCUGGCAGGCAUACAUCCGCAUCGGUUCCUCCAGAUGUGGAGGUUCGUUGAUCUCGCGGCGUCACGUGGUCACCGCCGGUCAUUGUGUGGCUCGGGCCACUCCGCGCCAGGUGCAUGUCACGCUGGGCGAUUACGUGAUCAACUCGGCCGUGGAGCCGCUGCCUGCUUAUACUUUCGGAGUCCGGCGAAUCGAUGUGCAUCCGUACUUCAAGUUCACACCGCAGGCGGAUCGUUUUGACAUCUCAGUGCUGACGCUGGAACGCACAGUGCACUUUAUGCCUCAUAUAGCUCCCAUCUGUUUGCCGGAAAAGAAUGAAGACUUCCUGGGCAAGUUCGGCUGGGCCGCUGGCUGGGGAGCUCUGAAUCCGGGAUCUCGGCUGCGUCCUAAAACCCUCCAGGCUGUGGAUGUGCCUGUGAUCGAGAACCGGAUCUGCGAGCGCUGGCAUAGACAGAACGGUAUCAACGUGGUCAUCUACCAGGAGAUGCUGUGCGCGGGAUACCGCAGGGGAAAGGACUCGUGCCAGGGCGAUUCCGGAGGACCACUGAUGCACGACAAGAACGGGCGGUGGUACUUAAUUGGUGUGGUCUCUGCUGGUUACUCCUGUGCAUCCCGCGGCCAGCCUGGAAUCUAUCACAGCGUCAGCAAGACCGUGGACUGGGUAUCCUACGUCGUCGGACUCACGAUGAACAUCUAGAUGGGGCGACACUAAUUUAUUCUCAUCGCAUUCGCAAUCGCAAUCGCAAUCGUAUUCGCACCUGCCUGCUAAGUGGGCCACAGAUUGUUUUGUACAUAACUCACUUCAUUCUGCUCCUGACUCCGCUUCCGAAACACGCCGUCUUAAUUUAUGGUUACACAAGACAAAAUAUAAUUAUAAUUUAACAAACAAAUUAGCGCAGUACAAUUUAGCAGUUAGGAUUGGCUGUGUGUAUCUGCAAGAUGCACACGUGUGCGAUAAAUUUGCAAAACCUAAACCUAAAAACCUUUAAAUUAAUUAUAACUGAUAAUUACGGUCUAAUUUACUUAGUCAUAUGCGCUGUUAUGUAAUUUUAAAACUAUUUAUGAACUACAUAUUUCGAGUGUAAAUAAAUUAUACAAAUGUUGAAAUGA